AUGAUUGGUGAGGGGGGGAAAAAAAUUUCAUUCGGAUUUUCCAAGUCUAUAAAAAAACCAGUUUUGAAAAAUGUCGCCGAACCGGAAGCUAAAAAAAUCGAUUUCAUCGAUUAUCUUGAUGAAAAAACGAUUAAAAUUAUUGGAGAAGAGGAGAAAAAUGAUGAACCCCUGGUGAUUCCCAUGCUGGGAUCAAGAACGUGGCACGACAGAAUUAUUAACAAAGUCGAUGCAGAUAUUUUCGAGACGAAAUUGAAGAACGAAGAGAGUGAUGAAAAAGCUGACGAGAAGAAUUCGAAAUUACGAGUUCCCAAUGGGAAUGUCUCGAGUGAUGGAGUCCCCAUGGACAUUUCAGGGAUAAAAAAAGAGCCUGACGAUGAGAUAACUGUCUCAUUAGAGGAACAGGCAGCCCAGGAGAUUCUCAAUGAUUUGGGGAAAGAUGUUAAAGUCGAGCCGAAAGAUCUAACACUGCCUCUUCACAAUACUGACAAUUUAGAGGGCCAACGUGAGUCAACACUAGAAGAUUAUGAACAAAUUCCAAUCGAGUCUUACGGAUUGGCAAUGCUGCGUGGGAUGGGAUGGCAACCGGGAAAAGGUCUCGGUAAAAAUGAACAGCACGUAGAGCCUAAAAUACCUGAAUUGAGGCCACGAGGAAUGGGUCUGGGUGCUGACAAGGCAGUCCUCAAGGCCAAAAAUGUGGAGAAAAAGACGAAGGAGCAGGAACAAUUGCAAUUAAUUGUUGGAGCAUUCGUUAAAAUACUGGGAGGAAAGCAUCAUCAUAAUUACGGAGUCCUGGAGGGUCUGGAUGAGGACUCCGGCAGGCUAAUUGUUAAAUUAACAAUCGGUGGAGAGUCUGUUUCACUUAAUGAAUGUUUAGUGGAACCCGUGACGAAAGACGAGUACACGAAAUAUUCCAAAAUUUUGAACGCCUCAAAAUUCGCUGAGUAUAAGGACAAAGCGAACGCAGACAGGCAGAAAUUAACAUCGAACUCGAACUCUUCAGACUCCAACAGAAAACGUAAAUCCGAUGACUCCAGCGAUGACGAUCGACGCAGCCAUCGCCGAAGAUGCUCGAGCUCGAGCUCAGACGAUCGCUAUGAGAAGAAAACCAAGAAAAAACACAGGAAUCGAAACAGAAGUUCGAGCUCUGAUGAGCACAGGAAAAAAUCGAAAAAGCAUUCCAGCAGGAAAAACAAGAAAAAGGAGAAAACUCGAGACAGAAGCCGAGAACGUAAAUCUCGAUACUCAGAGUCUCUCGACAGGAGGAAAAAUCGAAAACAUCACAGAAGAUCAAGAUCUUGAUCGACUAGUGAUUUUUAAAUUUUUUCUGGUACAGUAAGAAUACCUGGUCGCACCUCUCCUCAAUUUCUGUGUUCGCAUAUCUCUCGGAAUUUCCACUCUAUUCUCGAGCUACAAGAUGUAAACAAUUCAUUGUAUCGUCCGGUGAGAAAUUGAAUUUCGCGAAAGAUCAAUUUCUCUCCCAUUCGAUUUAUUUAAUAAUUAAUUCAAUAAAUAAUUCACACUUCCCCUACAGCCCCAGGUACGCGACAAUAACGGGAGUGUACUGUAUUUGAAUUAAUCGAGGACUACGUCAAGAUUUGUAGAUUAUUCUCCCCUCGAUUUUUAUUUUUCAAUAUAAAACCUCAUAAUUAU